CCUCCUCACUCCAAUCCAAUCUUCCAAUCCCACCUUCUUCUCCUCCUCCUCGACCUCUCUGCGCGCCGACGUUAUGGCCCGCACCAAGCAGACGGCGAGGAAGUCCACCGGCGGCAAGGCGCCGAGGAAGCAGCUGGCCACCAAGGCAGCCCGCAAGUCCGCCCCGGCCACCGGCGGCGUCAAGAAGCCCCACCGCUUCCGCCCCGGCACCGUCGCGCUGCGCGAGAUCCGCAAGUACCAGAAGAGCACCGAGCUGCUCAUCCGCAAGCUCCCCUUCCAGCGCCUGGUGAGGGAGAUCGCCCAGGACUUCAAGACCGAUCUCCGCUUCCAGUCCUCCGCCGUCUCCGCCCUGCAGGAGGCCGCCGAGUCCUACCUCGUCGGGCUCUUCGAGGACACCAACCUCUGCGCCAUCCACGCCAAGCCCAUGUCCGGGCGCGGUAAGGGAGGCAAGGGGCUCGGCAAGGGCGGCGCCAAGCGCCACAGGAAGGUGCUGCGAGACAACAUCCAGGGCAUCACCAAGCCGGCGAUCCGGCGCCUGGCGCGCAGGGGCGGCGUGAAGCGCAUCUCCGGGCUCAUCUACGAGGAGACCCGCGGCGUGCUCAAGAUCUUCCUCGAGAACGUCAUCCGCGACGCCGUCACCUACACCGAGCACGCCCGCCGCAAGACCGUCACCGCCAUGGACGUCGUGUACGCGCUCAAGCGCCAGGGCCGCACCCUCUACGGAUUCGGCGGCUAGGCCACCAGUGGCCAUCAGCUAGCUUUGCUUGGCACGCCGCGGUAGUAGUGCUCGUGGCCGGUCCUCGGUUGUAAUCGCCGCAUCUCGCUGCUGUUUGCCCUGGCCUUGUUUUCGUUUGUCGUCUCGAUGUGCUAGGAUGGAAUGGAAAUUGCAGUAGUUUGAACUGAAUCGUGGAACAAAGUUACAUGCAUGUCUUGUCGGAAA